AUGUCAUCUCCCGGCUUGUCCGAUCUGCGCAAACUAUCCAACAUCAUCAGCGACUCGGUUGACCGCAUCGAGAAGGUGCUCGCGUCUAGCUCUUUAGACUUUCCGUCUCUCGUCUCGCUCUACAGCGAGAAGCAAGAGGCGGCGCGAAACCUGCCAGGGGUCGCCAAAUCUGUCGUUGCGCUGAUCGCUGCGUCAGAGCAACUUGCGAUGACUGCUAGAUCUCCCAGCGCAUCUCUUCUCGACAUGUCGAAGAAGUUCCAACUCUGUGGAGCUUUGAGGAUUGCGCUGGAAGCUGACGUAGCGGAAGUACUGAGAGAGAAGGGUCCUUCGCAUGUCGAUUACAUCGCCAAGCAGAGGAAUAUCGACCCUUCCAAGCUUGCACGAGCUCUCAGGAUGUUAGCAACACACCAUGUCUUCACCGAAGUCACCCCGAACAUUUUCGCCAACAAUAGAGUGUCUAGCAUCAUGGAUUCAGGGCGGCCAUGCUCUCAACUUGCUGCAGACCCGUCCGCCAAAUUAGUCGGAUUGCCUGCACAACUCAGCUUCACUCUCGAUUUUUCUUUCAAGAGAGGUGGCUACUUGGCAGACGUAGUCCUAUCCCCGGCCACAUCACAUUCGACCAGUCCCUGCGACACCGCCUGGAGCGGAGCCGAUGGCAUCAACGGCGCUUUCUUCGAGUGUCUAGACCGUCCCGGCAACGAGCGCUUAAGGGAGACGUUCGGUGCUGCUAUGCUCGGGAUAACGGCGCUCACCCAUCCCACUGCUAUUCUCGAAGCUGGGAGCGUUGUCGUCGACGUUGGCGGCGGGAUCGGAACCCAGAUGCUCAUCUUGGCGCGUCACUUCCGGCACUUGAAACUCGUAGUCGAGGACAGGGCGGCAGUAUGCCCUGACACGUUGAAGUAUCUCACGUAUGAGGCGCCGUACAUUCUGGCUACGGGGCAGAUCCAGAUAAUAGGUCACGAUUUCUUCAAUCCCCAGCCUGUCAAGGACGCGUCGGUCUUCUACGUCAGACACAUCUGUCACGACUGGCCGGAUGCCGAGGCGGUCAAGAUUCUCAGAAACCUUCGCGAGGCGGCUCAGCUACAUACACAACUCGUCUUGCACGACAUGAUCAUGCAGCACGCCUGUAUUGAUGACGAUGCGGAUGACAUCCCAGUAAGGGGAGGUCUUCCUCCGCCACCAAGUCCUCUCCUCGCGAACUGGGGGCGUGCAAACUCGUACACGUACACCAUGGACAUGCAGAUGAUGACGGCUUUCCACUCGAAAGAGCGCACUCUGGCCGAAUGGCGCGUCCUGCUCGCCCAGAGCGGUUGGAAGCCUGUGCAGAUCAACUAUGGCAGCCGUCCCAUGGUCAUCUCAAACAACACUAUCAUCGCAGUUCCAAAGGUUCGUGAAGAAGGUCACAAGGUGGAUGGGUCGUACAUAGGCUUUCCGGAAUCGUGA